UGGAGGUUAAAGUUGAAAAGUCAUGUUGUUAAAUUCUGCCCUCAGUAAACAUGGCGGAAACCGAGAAGCAGGCAGGUGCCUCUCCUGAAGAUGACAGUCUUCCCCUACCUGCCAGCUUCAGCUUUAUGGUGCCGAGGAAGGAGAUCAGCAUGGUGCCGGAUAUGGGCAAAUGGAAAAGAUCUCAGGCGUAUGCAGAUUACAUUGGAUUCAUCCUAACGGUAAACGAGGCGGUGAAGGGGAAGAAGCUCACGUGUGAUUAUCCUGUAUCAGAGACAGUAGAAAAUUUGCUGUCCAUGUUGGAAACUAUGGAUCGCUGGAUAGAUGAGACGCCGCCAAUUGACCAGCCAUCCCGCUUUGGCAAUAAAGCUUACCGAACCUGGUACGCCAAACUCGAGCAGGAAGCUGAGGCUCUGGUGUCUACUGUUCUUCCUGAUGAACUCGGUGCUGCUGCUCCAGAGGUCGCUGUGUACCUGAAGGAAGCUGUAGGCAACUCUACCAGGAUUGAUUAUGGCACAGGCCAUGAAGCUGCCUUUGCAGCUUUCCUCUGCUGCCUUUGCAAAGUAGGAGCUCUGCGAGUGGAGGACCAGCUGGCCAUCAUUUUCAAAGUCUUUGACAGGUAUCUGCGCGUGAUGCGGAGGCUGCAGAAGACAUACCGCAUGGAGCCAGCAGGGAGUCAGGGCGUGUGGGGGCUCGAUGACUUUCAGUUUCUGCCCUUCAUAUGGGGCAGUUCCCAGCUCAUAGAUCAUCAAACUCUGGAGCCACGGCAUUUUGUGGAGGAGAAGGCAGUGAACGAGCACCAUCAGGACUACAUGUUUCUUGAGUGCAUCAAAUUCAUCAAUGAGAUGAAAACGGGACCCUUUGCUGAGCACUCGAACCAGCUUUGGAACAUCAGUGCCGUUCCCUCCUGGUCCAAAGUCAACCAAGGCCUUAUACGAAUGUACAAGGCUGAAUGUCUAGAGAAGUUUCCCGUUAUCCAGCACUUCAAGUUUGGCAGCCUGCUGUCCAUCCAGCCUGUGAAACCAUGAAUCUCGGCGGGCAGAACCAAGAGCACAAGCGAUUCUCAACCAAUUCAACGAAAUUCGCCCAGUAUUCCAAUGUUUAUCCACUGCUUAAACGAAUAAAUGUGAUUACAAUCAAAACCCCAGUUCUAACAGCAGUUCAGCAUGACUGCUUCCUCCUCCUGAAUGUUAGAAUUCACACGAGGAUAAAUUUCUGUCUCUUUCAUCCAACCCCGAAAAAUUGGAGUGUAGUGAUAAACAUAAUCCAUGCGCCAUAAUUACUAUCUAAUAAUUUACCGCAUCAUAAAUUCAUAUUUAUUUAUGAAUAUGUAAAUAUGAAGAGUAAAGUUAGCUUGAACUGGGAAGUCUCGGUUUUUAUUUAGAUGUACUAGAAAAAUAAAGGAUUGUUUUUUCUGUUUA